AUGACCACUGAAGGCAAACUAGCUGAGACACAGCUGAAUACGGAGGACAUGGAGGAGCAGGAGGAGACCAGUAUGUGGUCCUCGCAGGGGUUGCCCCACAAAAAAGCUGCAGAGGAGCAGAUUGGAAUACAGGUGGAGGUGCAAUCUGAAGAUCUGGAUUCUUCUCACAGCGACACGAUGCCUCUGAUUCAAAGUAGGGACCCCAAAGGAGUCAACAAGUGUCUGAAGGUUACUUUUGAGGAUGUGAUAGCAGAGCCCCCAUCAGUGCGGAGCUUUGAUAAGGUGUGGUUGUGGAGUCACGCUCUGUUUGAGGUCUCCAGACUGUGGUGCUACCGGCUGAUCUCCCUCCUGCUGGCAGUGCCUGUCUCUCUGGCAGCAGGACUUCUCUUUGCUGUCCUCAGCUGCAUUCACAUCUGGUUGAUUGUGCCAUGUGUACAGCUCUGCCUCAUCAACAUGCACUGGGUCCAGACUGUGUGGAGCAGCAUACUGGACAUUGCCAUUGGCCCGCUCUUUACCAGUUUUGGAAAGUGCUGUGGCAGCAUCACCAUUCGUUUGGCUAGAGACUAA